UUUUCUUCCCUCUCCGUUUCGAUUUGUCGGAUAUAGCUCGCUCGCUUCCUCUCUCCGAUACUCGUCUCCUACCGUUUUCUCCGCCCCAGCUUCUGCUCGUUCGUUCAUGAAGCUGUUCUCCGAGAAAUUUUCAAUUCCGGUACUGUAAAUCUGCAUCCGAGACGGAGAAUCCAAUGCUCGGAUCCAUCGAUGAGGCAACCUUCAGCUCACUAAAAGCAUAAAUGGAGAGUUUUCAGCUUUUGUUGCCUUUGGUUGAUGUAGUCCUAGAUUCAAAAUGUUCUCUAUGAGGUGAGAGGUGGGACGAAAUGGUUUUAUUUUUGAAAGCUUCAAUGAGAUGGAGGAGACACCAGGAGAUGCAGGGCUGUUGGAACCUGGGCCUUCUAAUGCUAGUUGGUUGCCAUCAGGUUUUAUGGAGAAGUUAAAAUCUGUAUCUCUGGUUUCUCAAGAAGAUACUUUGAAUAUUAGAGAAUCUGCAUGCAAUUUGGAACAAGAUGAGUUGUCAUCUCAGACAGCGUCACAAAUUCUGUGGGCCACCGGUUCAUUUUCUGGACCGAUACCCAAUGGUUUCUACUCCGUCAUUCCAGAAAAAAGAAUCAAGGAGCUUUUUCAUAAUAUUCCUUCUCCUGAUGAGCUUUGUUCUUUGGGUGUGGAGGGUUCUAGAGCUGAUAUAAUUCUUGUAGAUGCAGAGAAAGAUAAGAAGCUUUCCAUGUUGAAGCAACUAAUUGUAACACUGGUGAAGGGCCUUAAUUCAAAUCCAGCUUCAAUGAUAAAAAAGAUUGCUGGACUAGUGUUUGAUUUCUACGGACGUUCAAACUCUGAGUUAAGUCUAGCAAAAGCUCCACUGGAGGAAAUCGCUCCUGCAUCAGAGGUUCGAGGUGUCCAACUCUUGGGGCAAAUAAGGCAUGCAUCAUGCCGUCCUCGGGCAAUAUUAUUUAAAGUUCUUGCGGAUGCUGUAGGUCUUGAGAGUAAGCUUAUGGUGGGCCUACCUAGUGAUGGAGCUUUUGAAUGCACAGGCUCAUAUAGGCACAUGUCUGUGGCAGUCGUGCUGAAAUCUGUUGAGCUGCUUGUUGAUCUAAUGAGAUUCCCAGGCCAGUUAAUACCCCCUUCGACCAAGGCAAUCUUCAUGUCCCAUAUUUCUGCGGCAGGAGAGAGUGACUCUGCAGAGAAUGAUUCAUGUGAUUCUCCCCUUGAACCAAACAGUCCACUAUGGGCACUUUCGGACAAGCUGAGUGGUGAUGGAAACUGCGGUUCUGAGCAAGAUGAGAAUCUUCAGUCCUUGUACCAGUGGAAAGUUGAGGCAUUGUUAAAUGUCUCAGGCCCUUCAUUUAAAAGUAUCUUGCAGCCUGCUGCUUUUGUUGAAGGAAAGUCAAGUUUAUCAAAUGGUGAACCCAAUAUGGCAAAUGCUGUUUGGCGACGCAACCGGAGGAAAGCCAUAGCAGAUCAACGGGCCGCUGGUUCAAGCCCAGAGCAUCCUUUGUUUAGAGCACAUGGACGGUCAAUGCUUAGCAGUGCUGGUGAUAGAAAAUCAUUUAGAGAAUAUAUGGAUGACAUGGCUGUAUCAAGGUCAGUUGGGGCAUCAACAUCAGAAAAUCGUAGAACAAGAAGACGAAGCAUUAGCAUUACCCCGGAGAUUGGUGAUGAUAUCGUGAGGGCUGUGCGUGCAAUGAAUGAAACACUCAAACAACACCGUCUUUUGAAGGAACAAGGUGAUGAUGGAUCAGGUUUUUAUUUUGCUAACGACCAGAACAAUUGUACUGAUCCAUCAAAAAUUCAGGUCUCAAAUUUCCAUCAGGAUGGUCGUGGCGAAAUAUCCAGUGAAAGAUCUGCUGCAUAUAAUCUUUUCAUGGAGCAAAGAAAUUCAAAGGAAAAGGCGAUUUCAUUACCUUCAUCUCCUAAUGAAUUUAGGGGUCAGGCUCAUGGGAGAAGUGGACCUUCAGCCUUUCUAAGAACUGUGGAUUUGGUCUCAACAUGGAAGAAAGUGUUACAAUCUUCAUCAUUUCUAAAUAAGCCCCUGUCACCUUUUCAAGAAUGGAAUAUUGAUUUCUCAGAACUAACCAUUGGCACUCGUGUUGGGAUUGGGUUCUUUGGGGAAGUUUUUCGUGGCGUAUGGAAUGGGACAGAUGUUGCUGUCAAAAUUUUUCUGGAGCAAGAGUUAACAGCUGAGAAUAUGGAGGAUUUCUGCAAUGAAAUAUUUAUUCUAAGCCGCCUUCGACAUCCAAAUGUCAUAUUGUUCCUGGGUGCUUGCACAACGCCUCCUCACUUGUCAAUGGUUACUGAAUACAUGGAAAUGGGAUCCUUGUAUUAUCUGAUCCAUAUGAGCGGCCAGAAGAAAAUCAGCUGGCGCCGGCGACUGAAGAUGCUCCGUGAUAUAUGCAGGGGUUUGAUGUGCAUGCACCGCAUGAAAAUAGUCCACCGAGAUCUGAAAAGUGCAAAUUGCCUCGUGAACAAGCAUUGGACGGUCAAGAUCGGUGAUUUUGGGCUCUCACGAGUAAUGACAGAGGUUCCCAUGAGAGAUUCCUCAUCUGCAGGGACUCCCGAAUGGAUGGCUCCUGAACUCAUCCGCAAGGAACCCUUCACAGAAAAAUGUGACGUGUUCAGCUUUGGGGUGAUAAUGUGGGAGCUUUGCACACUAAGUAGACCGUGGGAAGGUGUACCAUCAGUUCAAGUAGUUCAUGCAGUUGCCAAUGAGGGUUCACGACUGGAGAUUCCUGAAGGUCCAAUGGGCAAGCUGAUUUCAGAUUGCUGGGCACAACCUGAUGAACGACCAAGCUGUGAGGAGAUCCUCUCCCGCCUACUCGAUUGUGAAUACACCAUCUGCUGAUUCUAAUUGUCUAGCAAGCAUAAGAAACUGAACUUUGGGUCAGCUCCAUUUGUAAAUUUGCCGGUGCCUUUGUCUUUGCAUUGUUAUAAACAGUGAGAUUAUUAAGCAUCUUCAUUUUUCCAAAGCA